AUGCAUCAAGGGAGUGUGCUGGGUGGCGCAUUGACGCUCGCUGUGACGACGAUGGGCGCCGGCAUCCUCACGCUUCCCUCCGCAUUCUCCAACGCUGGUGUGGUGCCUGCGCUGGCUAUGUUGAUCCUUGUAGCCCUCUUCACAAUUGCAUCGAUCGAUUACAUGGUGCUCUGCAUUGAUACCAUUGGUGUGAAUUCAUAUGAGCAGAUCAAUCGUGUAUUGUUGGGUAAGUACAACGAGGAGAUUGUCCGGUGGAUGCUGCUUAUUUACAACACUGGUUCCGCCAUCGGCUACCUUGUUGUACUCGAGGAUCUCAUUGAGCCGUUGCAGCCUCUCAUAUCGCAUUACAUCCCGUGGCUCAGCACAACGAAGCACACGCUUUUUGUCUGCUGGUUUCUUGUUGUUUUGCCUUUAUCGUGCGUGAAAGACAUAUCCUUCCUUCAGGUCGCGUCGGUCCUGGCCAUCUCGGCGACGUGUCUGAUUUCAUUUCUUGUGGUAUUCCGUUACUUCGAACCCAUCGACAACAGUCUUGUCAACAACGGUGUAGGCGUGGCCAUUUCCUCGUCAGAUGUCGUGUAUGACGAUGUCUUGUGGCUCCGUGGCAAGCAGCCGCUGCUGGCGUUACCCAUCAUGAUGUUUUCGUUCGAUUGUCAAUCGCUUGUCUUUCAAAUCUAUUCCAGCCUGGACAAUAUGAACCGGUGGAACAUGAUGAAGGUCGCCAUGAUCAGCCUCAUCGUGUCCGGCAGCAUCCACGCAGCGGUGGGGUUGUUCGGCUACCUUGGCCACCCAACAGAUGUCCGUGAGAAUGUAAUGAGCAACUUCAACCCGAGGAUGGACUCACUCUUCGCAUUUGGCUACUUGGUGUACGCCAUUCCCGUAAACCUGGCGUUCACCCUCAUGCUCUUCCCUACACGUGACGCCAUCUUCCUCAUGUGGUACGGCUACAGCUCCGCCACGGAGGCGGCGAAUAGGGGAUACGUGGCGCACGGCGGCAUGGAGGAGUACGACGAGUACCAGCACGGCAUNACAGCUCCGCCACGGAGGCGGCGAAUAGGGGAUACGUGGCGCACGGCGGCAUGGAGGAGUACGACGAGUACCAGCACGGCAUUCCACUGCGUGACCACCUUAUCGUUAGUGUCUCCCUCUCUGUUGCCUGUAUCACAGCAGCUCUCAUGGCGCCGGGCAUUGCAUCUGUUGUCGCGAUAUUGGGUGGUGUAUGCAGCAGCACGCUAUGCUUCACAUACCCUGCUUUGUACCGCAUUCGGUUGGACAGAGCCGGCAUUGUGCGGUGCGAGACGUCUUGGGAGCGUCUAUUGA